AUGCUUCGCACAUUUCUAGCAGUUCAGGACAUCGGAAUCAGCUGCCACGAAUACCACUUCAAUGGAAUCAUACCAGGAUCGUCUUCAUUCUUCGAUAUUUUCCGUGCUAUAGUACAUGAAGGAAAUGAAUAUUCAGAUGCUCAGAAGUUUUAUUAUUUGCGUUCGUGUUUACAAGGGCAAGCAUUAGACUUGGUGCGUUCUAUUCCUAUCAACGACGGCAACUAUUCGGUAGUUGUUGAAAGGCUCAAGCAACGAUACGACAACCCUAGUCUUGUAAUUCAGUCGCACAUUCGAUCGCUUCUUGAAUGUCCAAGGAUCGAAGAACCAUCAGCAUCAGCGCUGCAAGAACUUUAUUCACAUGUAAGCACACAUGUUGCCGCACUGAGAGCGCUUGAUCAACCAAUCGAACAAUGGGAUGUGUGGUUAAUCACUAUAGUUACAGGACGUCUUAACAGAAGCACCGGAUGGUAUUCAAAACAAAACCAAUUGAAGGAAGCUCAACUCACCCAAUCAGCGAGUAGUAAGAAGUUUGGAGCCCACUCAAUAGGUGCUCUUGUAUCAGCAUCCGAAGUGAAAGAAAAAUGCGCAUACUGCACAAGCAUCCACAGGUUGUAUACAUGUAGCAGUUUUAAGAACCUUUCAGUCGGAGAUCGAAUUAAUUUUGUACGUGAAACUAAGCUAUGUUUCAACUGUCUUCGUCCAGCACAUGCAGCUGAUAAAUGCAGAUCAAGAUAUAAUUGCUUUGUCUGCAAAGGGAAGCACAAUACUUUACUUCAUUAUGAAAGAAAAAGGGAACCUUCGAAAUCUGUGAGUGACGUGGACACACCUGAAGAAGGUUUAGCUUCGUCUUCAAACCAGACUAGCUCAAAAAAGGUAUUACUAGUUCAUCAAGAACAUGGACACGUAUUUUUGUCAACAGCAGUAGUUCUAGUAAGGGACCAUCAAGGUGUGCGUAGGAAAUGCCAUGCCAUACUAGAUAGUGGUUCGCGGGUUAACUUCAUAUCCAAGAGACUAGCAAAACAACUACAAUUACCAGCUGCAAGGUCGUCGCUUCCAGUUAGUGGCAUAGGAGCAAACACACUCCAGUAUAGUACCUAUGUUGAUGUACAUGUUGAUACCAGAUUGGGUUCAUCGAGUUUCAACUUAUCUUGUCAUACCUUACCUGUUAUCAUGUCACAACUACAACCUGUUCGUAUUCCAGUGGAAGGCUGGACAAUGCCAAGUGAACUAUUACCACAGCUAGCUGACCCUCAUUUCUGUGAUUCCAAACAAAUCGACUUAUUGAUUGGAGGUGGUGCAUUCUUUUACAUAUUGCAGCCAAGUCGUAUACAGCUGGAUGUGAAGAUUGUUGGCAGAUCGUUGGAAGAAGAAUCUAAGGCAAUUCUCGGCCACGAAGAUGUUUUGUACGACAAACAAUCAAAGGCAAACCAGUGUUCUAUCGAAGAAAACCAUGGGCUCGAACAUUUUCAGUCCACAUUCAGACGAAAUGAGGAAGGUCGUUUCGUGCUGCAAUUACCCGUCGAAACAGACCUAACUAAUUUAGGUCAGAGUGUCAAUUCAGCUACAUCUAGGUUUCUCAGUGUGGAGAGAAAACUACAGCAAGAUGCAGACUUGUGA